AUGUGGAGUCGUACCUCAGUUCCCGUGCGAUCUUUGUUCAAAGAGAUUCCGCUACAGGUCAUCAUUGAAAAGUCACUACUUGCUUGUACACCAGAAGAAUUUAAGACUGAAGCUGGAUCUGAAUACACCUGUCAGGGAGGGGAAGGCUCGUUCGUCGUUCAAAGAGCCGAUGGUUCGUUCGUCUGCCAGACUCCGGAAGGCUCGUUCGUUUGUCCACGACCCGAAGGAUCCUUCAUGUGCCAGGCACCAGAAGGACCUUUCGUCUGCGACUUCUGCAAGAAAAAGUACAAGCACAAGAGAACCUUGAUGACGCACAAGAAAUAUGAAUGCGAGAACUCCCAGACGAUCUCUGGACCACAUAUCUGCGACAGCUGUGGUAAAACUUAUAAGCAUAGGCGCAACCUUUGCGCCCAUAAAAAAUACGAUUGUGAUUUUGGUAAUCUCAGACAAAGAAUCCAGAAGUAUCACUCGUGUGAAAAGUGUGGCAAAGUGUAUAAACAGAAGCAACAUUUGAAGCGUCAUAUUAUUUACGAAUGUGAUGGAAUCCCGCGAUUCUUUUGUAAAAUUUGUGAUAAACGGUUUCGCCAUGGCAAGAGGCUGUUCGAUUGUGAUUCUUGCGGGCGAUCGUACAAGAACAAGCACCACUUGGUGAGGCACAAAAGGUACGAGUGCGGUGUCGAAGCACAAUUUCCCUGUCAGUUCUGCCACCUUAAAUUUAAACACAACAGCUCACUUAAAAUUCAUAUUGGGCAUAAACAUCUUGCUGGAGCAAAAUGGCCGAAUGUGUGUGCUUCGUGUGGAAGGAUUUACAAGUAUAAAGGUGACUUGUCCCGCCACCAGAGGUACGAAUGCGGUGUCGAGCCAAAGUUCAAGUGCGACGUUUGCCAUAAAAGAUUUAAGCGGAAGACCAAUUUGAAAGUACAUGUUGUUAGACAUUAUUAUGAGGCUGGAAAAGAAGGAUACAAUGUCGGGACUGUUAAGAAACAGUAA